AUGAAGUACUCUACCUUUGCUUCCAUUGCCUUGGCCGGCACUGCCUAUGCCGCCUACGUCCCAUCUGACCCAUGGACCGACUUGACUCCUUCAGCUCCUGCUCCAACUGGUGCCUCGACUGACCACACUCACAAAUUUGGAAUUCAAAUCGUUACAGUUUCUGGAGCUUCUAGUGCUGCUUCUUCUGCUCCAGCCACCACCACUGCUGCCAAGAGAGAUGCCGUUAACCAGAUUGGUGAUGGUCAAAUCCAAAAGCAAACCAGCGUCACCUUGUCUACUCCUACUCCAACCACCACUGCUAAGGUUAUCAAUCAAAUCGGAGACGGCCAAAUCCAACACCAAACUGCUACCACUGCUAAAGUGAUUAACCAAAUUGGAGAUGGUCAAAUUCAACACCAAACUGCUUCCGUUGUCAACCAGAUUGGAGACGGACAAAUUCAACACCAAACUGCUUCUGUCGUUAACCAAAUCGGUGAUGGUCAAAUUCAACACCAAACUGUUUCUGGUGCUUCUCAAAUCGGUGAUGGUCAAGUUCAAGCUCCUACUGGUACUGCUACUCCAUCUGGUGACGACGACGAAGGUGUCCCAACGGCUUGUCUUACUGACAACUCCUUGUCCAUGAACUUGAACGGUUCUAUUUUGACUGACUCCAAGGGAAGAAUUGGUGCUAUCGUUGCUAACAGACAAUUCCAAUUUGAUGGUCCUCCACCUCAAGCUGGUUCUAUUUACGCUGCUGGAUGGUCUAUCACUUCCGACGGUAACCUUGCCUUGGGUGAUCAAGACGUUUUCUACCAAUGUUUGUCGGGUGACUUCUACAACUUGUACGAUCAGAACGUCGCUGCUCAGUGCUCUGCAGUUCACUUGAGCGUGAUUGACUUGGUCUCGUGCUAA